UCCGGGGUAAGCGUCACAUCUUUAGCCACUGGUCAUGGCUGAGAAGGCUGGCUCUGCAGCGCCGAAGAGCAACACUCGGCCCGGGGCCUCUCUUCCGCCAGAACCCAUUGAGAUCAUUCGGACCAAGGCCCGAUCCAGAAGGGUCCGCAUCAAUGUCGGAGGACUCAACCACGAGGUCCUGUGGAGGACCUUGGACAGGCUCCCUCGGACCAGGCUAGGCAAGCUCAGAGACUGCAACACCCACGAGUCCUUAAUGGAGGUUUGUGAUGACUACAGCCUGAACGAAAACGAGUACUUCUUCGACAGGCACCCGGGCGCGUUCACCUCCAUUUUAAAUUUCUACCGAACAGGAAAGCUGCACAUGAUGGAAGAGAUGUGCGCCCUUUCUUUUGGUCAAGAGCUUGACUAUUGGGGCAUUGACGAGAUCUAUCUGGAAUCGUGCUGCCAGGCCCGUUAUCACCAGAAGAAAGAGCAGAUGAAUGAGGAGCUGAGGAGGGAGGCGGAGACUCUGAGGGAGAGGGAGGGGGAGGGGGAGUUUGAUAACACCUGCUGCCCAGACAAGAGGAAGAAGCUGUGGGACCUGCUAGAAAAGCCCAGCUCCUCUGUUGCUGCCAAGGUCUUGGCCAUCAUAUCCAUCCUAUUCAUCGUACUGUCAACAAUUGCAUUGUCACUGAACACUUUGCCUGAACUACAAGUGAUAGAUGAAUUUGGCCAGGCUAAUGACAAUCCCCAGCUAGCACACGUGGAAGCUGUGUGCAUUGCCUGGUUCACAAUGGAGUACCUCCUGCGCUUCCUGUCCUCACCCAACAAGUGGAAGUUCUUCAAAGGGCCACUGAAUGUCAUUGACCUGUUGGCCAUAUUGCCGUACUAUGUCACCAUAUUCUUGACUGAGUCAAACAAGAGCGUUCUGCAGUUCCAGAACGUUAGGCGAGUGGUCCAGAUAUUCCGUAUCAUGAGAAUAUUGAGGAUUCUCAAACUGGCCAGACAUUCCACGGGAUUGCAAUCUCUUGGGUUUACACUCAGGAGGAGCUACAAUGAACUCGGCCUGCUAAUAUUGUUCCUUGCCAUGGGGAUCAUGAUAUUCUCAAGCUUGGUAUUUUUCGCAGAAAAAGAUGAGGAUGCCACAAAAUUUACCAGCAUUCCUGCGUCUUUCUGGUGGGCCACCAUCACUAUGACAACAGUAGGCUAUGGUGAUAUUUAUCCACAAACACUGCUUGGCAAAAUAGUUGGUGGACUUUGCUGCAUUGCAGGGGUGUUAGUCAUCGCCUUGCCUAUUCCCAUCAUUGUGAACAACUUCUCUGAGUUCUACAAGGAGCAGAAGCGACAGGAGAAAGCCAUCAAGAGAAGAGAGGCCUUGGAGCGUGCAAAGAGGAACGGGAGCAUCGUGUCCAUGAAUCUGAAAGAUGCAUUUGCUCGGAGCAUGGAACUAAUGGAUGUUGUGGUGGACAAAGGAGAAGAUAAACGCUCGCUGGACAACCACCUUUCUCCAGCCCGUUGGGGUGUGCCCACACGCACAUUGUCUGACGCCAGCUUAAAGUCCUUUGAGAAAAAAUACCAGGAAGUGGUUCGGCAGGGUUCUCAAGAACGCAUCGGCAAUCCCAGUGCCAGCCCACAGCACCUGAAUGCCCAGAAACUGGAGGAAAUGUACAACCAGAUGACUAAAUCUCAAUCCUUCACUAAUCUCAAUACAACAGGAGUACAGUCUGAACCGAUGCCAAGGCAGGAAGUAGAGCUGGAGAUGAAGGUGGUGUCGCAGGCCUCCGAGCCCCAGCCAAACGUAAGAAGCACGUCUAGCAUUGACAGCUUCGCAAGCUGUGUGAAUGAUUUCACCGAAGCCGCACAGGCUGCGUCCGGACAGGGGAGACACCCGCGGGCUCCUCCUCCUCUCAACCUCAGCCAGCUGGGCCCUUCAGCGGAGGUGCCAGAGGAGAACGAGAGCCAAGACGGCACCCUUGAAGGAGGCCUGUUGGAGAUGGGCACCUACAAUCCAGGUAGUGAGGAAUGCUGGCCCAGGGGGGAAACUCAAAGUUUCAGCCAGGCGGUGGAAAACAUCAGGGGCUCCCUGAGGGGAAACAACACAGAGAGGUUAAAGAGUCUCCAAGUCAAUUUCAUUGAAACCCUUGAUGAGGCUCCACCAACGCCCCCCAGCACCUCCAGCCCCCUGACAGCCUCCUCCCCAGAGCACAUCAGCACCACUCUAAUGGAGGACGACUCCCCCCAGGGUGAGCCCCCUUUCCUGAGUCCCGAUUCAGACACACCUGGGAGAGACCCUCGGGAAGACCCACUGCAGUCUCCUGACGAAGACGCUGCAGACAGUGGGGAAGGAGCCCAGAUUUCAGAGGGACAAGCUGAGGAAGAGGUGCAGUGUUCUUCCGAAGAAAACAACAAGGUGAAGAAUCACACGGAGGACGCUGAUGCGGCCACAGGUCCCUCCUCGCCGAAGCCUGCCGCCCACAACUGCACCCAAGGUGCGGUCAGUGCUGUCGCAGAAGGAAAAUCCGACAGUAACCAAAGUGGACACAAAGUGGAAAACCACAUGUUUACACCUGAGAUCCACAUACGGCCAGGGGAUGGCAGCUUAUCCCCCACAUGUGAAACCAGCAUGUGA